AUGGCGCCUUCCUCAUCCGUAGGCUCCGAUGUCUUCGCCGUGCUCGCCCUACUGUCCAUCUCGGCAACUGUUGUUCUCCUUCUUCGAUACUACCUUCCCUUACGGACAACUCCUGCCUACCUCCUGAUUCCUGUCUUUUUGGCUCUGGCGCUUCCAUCCUCCAUAGUCUUCCUGGUACCCAUCGACUUGGCUUCGUCUUCUGGCACCGAUACCGAUGGUCAAAGAGGAAUAUGGUUACCCAACAAUGUCAUGCUGAUUGCCUGGAGGCUAGCAUACUGGCUCAUCUUUUGUUUGACAUGGUCCGUCAACUCGGCAACCCGUCCCCAACACUACUUAAGCUAA